AUGAUCCCCGCUCGGGCCCCGUUCUCCGUCCGCAACGAGCAGCCCCGCCUGUCGCCCAUGAAGAACCUGGUCCUGACCGACAAGGAGAACACGCCCCCCGCGACCAGCGCCACGCGGGUCCUGGCCACCAAGGCCGCUCGGAAGAUCUUCCAGGAGGCGGACGCGAAGCCGUUGAAACCCAAAGCAGUGAUACAAGCUCCUACCAAUCUGGAAGAUGAGCCACUCCUACGGGAGAAUCCCCACCGGUUUGUCAUGUUCCCCAUCCAGUACCAUGAUAUCUGGCAGAUGUACAAGAAAGCAGAGGCCUCCUUCUGGACAGCUGAAGAGGUUGAUCUUUCCAAAGAUAUUCAACACUGGGAGUCCCUGAAGCCUGAGGAGAAAUACUUCAUUUCACAUGUCCUAGCCUUCUUUGCAGCAAGUGAUGGCAUUGUAAAUGAGAAUUUGGUGGAGCGAUUCAGCCAAGAAGUACAGGUAACAGAAGCACGCUGUUUCUAUGGCUUCCAGAUUGCUAUGGAAAACAUACAUUCAGAAAUGUACAGUCUGCUCAUAGAUACUUACAUUAAAGAUCCAAAACAGAGGGAAUUUCUUUUCAAUGCCAUUGAAACAUUGCCAUGUGUUAAAAAGAAGGCUGACUGGGCCAUGCAGUGGAUUGGGGACAAACAAGCAACAUUUGGAGAACGUGUAGUAGCUUUUGCAGCAGUGGAAGGAAUCUUCUUCUCUGGCUCCUUUGCAUCCAUCUUUUGGUUGAAGAAGAGAGGGUUAAUGCCUGGACUCACUUUUUCUAAUGAACUCAUCAGCAGAGAUGAGGGUUUGCACUGCGACUUUGCCUGCCUAAUGUUCAAGCACUUGAUUCACAAACCAUCCGAGGAAAGAGUAAGAGAAGUCAUUACCAAUGCUGUCAGGAUAGAGCAGGAAUUCUUGACAGAGGCGCUACCUGUAAAGCUGAUUGGCAUGAAUUGCACUUUAAUGAAACAGUACAUCGAAUUUGUAGCAGACCGACUUAUGCUGGAGCUGGGAUUUAGCAAGAUAUUCAAAGCAGAGAAUCCAUUUGACUUUAUGGAGAAUAUCUCGCUGGAAGGCAAGACUAACUUCUUUGAGAAGCGAGUAGGAGAAUACCAGAAGAUGGGAGUAAUGUCAAAAUCCACAGAUAACUCUUUCACUUUGGAUGCAGACUUUUAA